UGUGGUCUCGUAACAAUGAGGCCGAGGAAAAUCAAAAAGUUUUACACUUACAAUGAAGAUACUUGCUUACUUGCUUUGAUGCUCGAUGAAAAAUCAAGAGGGAGAGAUGAGGGGGCUGAGGGAGUUUUGUGGUUGAAUAGGUCCCUGUUAUUCUUUGAACUUGUGUUUGAAGAGAUAAUUAAGAGUUUACAAAGAAAAGAGAUUGAUGCCAGCAUUAAAACUAUACUUACAACCGCAUACAACGGUUCAGUCAAAAAGUAUCACAAUUGGGUCACACAAAAAAUAUUUUAUCUAAUUUUGAACAUCUCUCCGAGUCUACCGCAAAUGCUGAAAUUAUUAGAUCCUUCACAGAACAUGGAAGAAUUCGAAAAACGGCUAAUAGAACUUCACUAUUGCCUAAAGAUCAUUAGGUGCAGAAUAGACACAUUUUUUCAAGAAAAUAAUAUGUUUGUAGAAAAUAAAUAAUUUAACGUUACAAAAUUUAAGGAGAAGUUUAAUACAUACCUACUAUACAUUACUUGUGGAUGCUAUUAUGUUAUGGACAUGCUAAUAAUUUUAUUGGCAGCAGGUAAUGUUACAAUAAUAAUGAUCAUAUUUUAAUAAUACCUGUAGGUAAGAUAGACCAGUGAUGUCAAUUUCUGUUUUUUGUUUUAUUGCUUACUUAUUUGUAAUUUUAAAGAUUUAUCAUGUUAUAUUUUUAAAAUCAAAAAUCCUAAAAUGCUUAAACAAUCCUGUUAUUAUGCUUAAAAUAUAUUUGCAUUAAGUUUGAAGAUCAUCUAGUCCCAACAUUCCUUUAAGUCUGCAGUAUUCUGUAGAUUAAAGUUGUAAUAUUAUCGUCCACUGUAUUAAGUCCAACUACAAACUAGGCCAAAGAAAUAACAAACUUAAAUGAUUUUUCUCCACGGUCCGGAGUGACCUUCUCAGAAAACUUAAUUAUUUGAAGUCACCCAGUAAAUAAAAUAUAGACACGGUGUUCCUCUAAUAUGACAUGUUUAUGGAUAAGAAAUAAAUUGUGUAAUAGAAUUAAUGAAUUGGCCGUAGGUUCAUUGGUGCUCCCGAAUAGAAAUUGUGUUUAAAAGAUUCUACUAAUUAGAUGUAAGAAAACCGAACAUAAAAUUAUUAAAAUACCAAAAUAAUGCUUUGAGCAUAAGUUUUAUUUAAGAAGUGUUAAACAUAUUUUUGUAUGGAGUGAUCUUUAAAAUAUUUUAAUCAUACUGUAGUCUGAAAGUGAAAAGUAUUACUUACCAACAAUAUAACUAUUGUGGUUAUGUUAUUUUUUAUGGAUUUGAAAGAGCUUUAUUAUAAAUAA